AUGGCGGCGGUGGUACAGAAUGUGGUGAAGCUCCUUGGGGAGCAGUACUACAGGGAUGCCAUGGAGCAGUGCCACAACUACAACGCCCGGCUGUGUGCCGAGAGGAGCGUCCGCCUCCCCUUCCUCGACUCUCAGACCGGGGUGGCCCAAAGCAACUGCUACAUCUGGAUGGAGAAACGUCACCGAGGGCCAGGUUUAGCCGCUGGGCAGCUUUACUCCUACCCCGCGCGCCGCUGGCGGAAGAAACGCCGUGCUCAUCCUCCGGAGGACCCGAGGCUUUCCUUCCCUUCUAUCAAACCAGACACCGAUCAGACCCUGAAGAAGGAAGGGCUGAUCUCUCAGGACGGCAGCAGCCUGGAAGCCCUGUUGAGGACUGACCCGUUGGAGAAACGAGCCCUCCCAGACCCCCGCAUCGACGAUGACAGCCUGGGCGAGUUCCCUGUCACCAACAGCCGUGCGCGGAAGCGGAUUCUUGAGCCGGAUGACUUCCUGGACGAUUUGGACGACGAAGACUACGAAGAAGAUACGCCAAAGCGGAGAGGGAAGGGAAAAGCCAAGGGCAAAGGUGUUGGAGGGGCUCGCAAGAAGCUGGACGCAGCUAUAUUAGAAGACCGGGAUAAACCCUACGCUUGUGACAAUAGUUACAAACAAAAGCAUACCUUGAAACCUCCCGAUCGAGUCUGCGGGAAACGAUACAAGAAUCGGCCGGGAUUGAGCUACCACUACGCUCACUCCCACCUGGCCGAGGAAGAAGGCGACGACAAGGACGAUUCGCAGCCCCCCACUCCCGUCUCGCAGCGAUCGGAGGAGCAGAAAUCCAAGAAAGGACCCGACGGCUUAGCUUUGCCCAACAACUACUGUGAUUUCUGCCUGGGAGACUCCAAAAUCAACAAGAAGACGGGGCAACCGGAGGAGUUGGUCUCGUGCUCGGACUGCGGGCGAUCAGGGCACCCCUCCUGCCUGCAGUUCACCCCGGUGAUGAUGGCGGCCGUCAAGACGUACCGCUGGCAAUGCAUCGAGUGCAAGUGCUGCAAUAUCUGCGGCACCUCCGAGAACGACGACCAGCUGCUCUUCUGCGACGACUGCGACCGCGGCUACCACAUGUACUGUCUCACCCCACCCAUGUCGGAGCCGCCCGAAGGGAGCUGGAGCUGCCACUUGUGUCUGGACCUGCUGAAGGAAAAAGCCUCCAUCUACCAGAACCAGAACAACUCCUGAUCCCGCUCCGCCGACGGGACGGGCUCCCCAGUGCCCUCGUUCCAUGCGUUUUCCCUUUUUUUGGGGUCUUUUUCUUUCCUUUUUUUUUUUUAAACCUUCCCCGUGUUUUUUCAGUUGAUUUGGGUUUUUUUUUAUCGCUUGGGGAGGGGGUGUUGGGGUUUAUUUUAUUCAUUUUUGCGGCACGCGGGUUUAUUUCUCACCUCCCUGCACAGGAUGGGGCACAUCCCCCUGUAAGGACGGGGUGACGCUGCCGUGUCCCCACCCCACAGAGUAGCUUUUGGGGUGACACCGCAGUGUCCCCAGGGACCCCGUUCCUACCAAGGGGACACGGACGGGACAGGGCUGUCCUUUCCAUUGCCAUUUCCUGGCUUUUCCAUGCGAAAUGAGGCACCCAAAUCCACUUCGCCGCCUCCCCGGCAACGCGGCGUGCCAAAAACCUUGCUUUUUCCCCCUUUUCUUGGGAAAAUUCACACCCCUGCGCCAGCCAGGGUUGUAUUUUGGGGGCUUUUUCUUAAUUUCUUGGGUUUUUGGGGUGAGGUUGUUUUUCCAGUUUUAUUUUUAUUUCCUUUUUUCC